GAAAGAAGGAAUUGGGGUGUAACGUACCAUUUUUGAAGCAUUCCAUGCUUGGCUCUUCCUUUCCAUCCCUCUAUGCAUAGAUUACGUGUCUUUCAUCCCCCCAAACAACAAAAAAACCCUUCAAUUCCCUUUUCAUCUCUAAAUCUUCUCCUAAUCCUAAUACCUAAAUCCCUCUCUAAAUCCUCCUCCUUCUCAACACAAACCAUUUCUCUUAAAGUUAUCGCCUUUUCGUGUUUUUUUGCUCCCAUGAAAACUUGAAUCUCUUCCGUUGAUCUCUGAUUGUGUGUGUUUGAUCGGCGUUUCGUGAGUGAAGAUCACCGGGAAGAUCGAAUUUUUUUGGGAGACAAUGGUGUGCUGUUUUGGGCAGAGGAGAAAACGAGACGUGGUGAAGAAUCCAAAGCUCAUCAAAGGCGUUUCUGAUCACAAUUCUAGACCUGACCAACCUUCUUCUUCUGCCGCCAAUGCAGCAAGAGCUUCACUGGAUUCUGGAACACAGCAAGAUCCUAGCAAGCCAACUCAAUGUUUCACAUACCGAGAACUCGCCACCGCUACUAACAACUUCAGGCUCGAAUCUAUGAUCGGACGUGGUGGUUUCGGUUCUGUUUUCAAAGGAAUGUUAGAGUUUCCUCCUGGACAGUUCAAGAAUGUGGCUGUUAAGAAGCUUGAUACAACUAGUCAUCAAGGAGACAAAGAGUUUCUUGUGGAAGUCCUAAUGCUCUCCCUCUUGCGCCAUGAACACCUCGUGACAUUGUUUGGUUACUGCGCUGAAGGAGACCAAAGACUCCUCGUCUAUGAAUACAUGCCUCUUGGAUCCGUAGAAGAUCAUAUCCACGGUUACGGAUCUGUUGAAGAGGUAUUAGAUUUGAGCACGAGGAUGCAGAUAGCUUUAGGAUCAGCUAAAGGCUUAGCGUAUCUUCACAAUGUAGCACAACCUCCUGUGAUCUACAGAGACUUGAAAACCGCAAACAUAUUGCUAGACCAUGGCUACAAACCCAAGCUCUCUGAUUUUGGGCUUGCAAAGUUUGGUCCGAGUGGUGACAUGUCUCAUGUCUCCACUAGAGUCAUGGGAACUCACGGGUAUUGCGCACCGGAGUACGCAAGCACCGGGAAACUGACGAUGAAAUCUGAUAUCUAUAGCUUUGGAGUUGUGAUGCUUGAGCUUAUCACUGGACGCAAACCUAUUGGGGACUCAUGCUUGGGUGCAAGACGACUGCUUGUGAACUGGGCACUGCCAUUGUUCAGGGAACAAGACAUAAGAAAGAUUGCAGAUCCGAUGUUGUCAAUAGAAAGUCAUUAUUACAUGGAAGAAGCUGUGGGAAGAGCGCUUGAGUUGGCGUAUAUGUGUUUGAGAGAAGAUGCAAACGCUAGGCCAACGGUGAAGGAAGUAGUGGUGGCUUUAGAUAACAUAGUGAGGUUCAUAGCGCGGAAGAAGAAGAAAGAGAUCAUUGGGUAUGGAAGAGGAGUGGAGAUGGAGAAGAAAGGUGCGGUGGCGGUGAGCUCACCGAAUGAGACGACGAGGAUGUUGAGUGUUAAAGAAAUAGAAGUAGAAGUAGAAGAAGAAGAAGAUUUGGAGAGAGAAAGAGCUGUUGCUGAUGCUAAGAACUGGGCUGAGACUAUGAGAGCGUUGAGGAGACAGAGCAAUGAGACACCAAAGCCAACUCCUUAGUCCUCUCUGUUUAUGUUAGGAAUUGGUCACAGUGAUUUUAUCCCAAAAUGGUGCAUAUGGAAACUAUGAAUGAGCUUGUGAACAAAAGAGAUUAAUACAGAGAAAACUCACAUUUUGCAUUGGUUGAAAUGU